GGUUACGAAGAAAGAAAGGUGCCGCGAACGCUUGCUACUACCUGACGGCUAAGGGGCACAAAUCGGAUCUGGUUAAGUCGUUGUUUUAGACGCAAUCCAUUCCCUCCCAUUCUCUGAUUCCGAUUCCUUUGUAGCCAUGGGUGAUUUCAACAACAACGAUGCCUUCAUGCGCAACCAAAACGCCGCCGUCCAGGCCCGUACCAAAGCCCAGAAUCGCGCCAACGUCCUUCAGCUUAAGCUGAUUGGACAGAGUCACCCAACUGGUCUCACAUCGAACCUCUUGAAGCUCUUUGAGCCCAGGCCUCCGUUGGAGUAUAAACCACAUCCAGAGAAAAGGAAAUGUCCACCAUUAACCGGUAUGGCACAAUAUGUAACUAGGUUUGCCGAGCCUGGCGAUCCCGAAUAUGCUCCACCUGUCCAAGAGGCCGAAACUCCUGCACAAAAAAGAGCCAGAAUACACAAGCUAAGAUUAGAGAAGGGAGCAGCAAAGGCUGCUGAGGAGCUAGAGAAAUAUGAUCCACCUAAUGACCCAAAUAUAUCCGGAGAUCCAUACAAGACAUUGUUUGCGGCCAGACUCAGUUAUGAGACUUCUGAGAGCAGAGUCAAAAGGGAGUUUGAAUCAUAUGGUGCAAUCAAACGGGUUCGAUUAGUUACUGACAAAGCAACAAACAAGCCCCGGGGGUAUGCUUUCAUUGAGUAUCUGCAUACAAGAGACAUGAAAGCUGCUUAUAAACAAGCUGAUGGUAGGAAAAUUGAUGGUAGAAGGGUGCUUGUGGAUGUUGAGCGUGGGAGGACCGUUCCAAAUUGGAGACCUCGCCGGCUCGGUGGUGGGCUUGGUACUACUAGAGUUGGAGGUGAAGAAGUUAAUCAGCGGCAUUCUGGGAGGGAGCAACAGCAGUCUCGUUCUGAAGAACCAAAGGUGCGGGAGGAUCGACAUGGUGAUCGGGACAGAGAAAUAUCACGUGAAAGAGGUAGGGACAGAGAUAGAGAACGUGAGCAAUCACGUGAACAUUCUCAUGAAAGGGUCAAGGAUCGUGAUUAUAAGGAGGAUAGACACCACAGAGACCGAGAUAGGACUAGGGACAGAGAUAGGGAAAAGGUAAGAGAUAGAGAUCGUGGACGUGAUCGAGAUCGAGAUAGAGCACGUGAUCGGGAUCGUGACCGUGAGCGAGAGAGGGACCGUGAUAAGGGUCGAGAACAUGAUCGACACCAUGAAAGGGAUAGAGAUUAUGAAGUUGGGGAUACUGAUCGAGGACGCUCACGUGAUAGGGAGUCUGGUUUUGAUCGUGUUGAAUCGAAACAUAAGAGGGACCUGCUUGGUGAGAGGGAUCGUGACUAUGAGCCUGAGGAUGAUCGUGGUUGUAAUAACCAAUCUGAGCAAGUACAUAGGCGUACAGGCCCUGAUCAUGACUCUGAGCAGGAUGACCGCUAUGAGCAUCAUGGAGGACGAGGGCAGUAUGAUCAUGGAGAUGACCAUGGUGAUCAUUACAAUCAAUAUCCUGACCAUGAUAGGAUGGAAGAUGGCAACCACUCAAGACAUGCAACAUCUGAAUCACGUACUGAAAAGGAGAGAAAUCGUGAUAUGGACCAUGAAUAUCGUCACUCAGAGAGAUCUCAUUCCAAGGAGUAUGAUUACUAGGUCUUUGGGCAUGGUAUUUCUCGACUUUAUUGGUAAGAGUCAUUAUUUGAGUAUGAUUGCUUGUGAAUCUUGCUAUUCACUCCAGGAUUUUUUUCUUAUUAGUAGUUAUCAAAUGGAUUCGUGCAUGGUGUGAUCAAAGCAGAACAAAAAGAACUUUGUAGCUGCUGCUACCCAUAUGGUCCAUAUUUGAAAGCUUAAAUACUGCAUCUUUAGAGUUGUUUCCUGUUUUUCAACAUGGACUUUGGAUAGAUAAUAUUGGUGUUUAUUUUGGGUUUUUAUUUUCUUAAAACAUUGUAUGUUUUUCUGGGAAACAAUAUAUAGGUUCCAGGUUAUCUUUGGUCUGUUGAUAUGCUUGGAGCUUAUGUUUACAGUACAGAGCUUCCAGCAUUAUUUGACCGUUUUCAUCUAGCUCUGUAUUGGUUAACAAUUCGUUGGUUUAUUUUUAAUUAUGCACGGAGUUUUUAAU